AUGAACUCCACCAGCGCAUCGGCUGCAGUGAAUGCGGCGGUUGCGAUGACGGUGCCCACGUCAACGACGGUCCCUCCGUCCAGUAUCGGGAAUGGCGAACUUUACUUCCGACCCUUACCUUAUUUAAGCUUCAAAUGGAUUAAAGCAGACGUUGGCAGGGCGCUUCGCAAUGCAGACGAUUUAGCAAACCUAUGGAACCACCUGAUCCAGGACGAGGAAGUGAUCACGGAGCGGAUACAAACCGCCGUCAAUGGGAUGGGCGAGGUGGUCUAUUUGCGACCGGACGGACGUUAUUACUGUGGGAACGCAGCCAUAUCCUGCGAUUGCUGCAAAGGUGUGUGUUCAGCCGUUUCCAAAUGUAUUUGCCUGAUAUGUGAGGAGCUUGGAGUCCAGGAAGGCGUUGACUCGUCGUCAUGUCCUGUUGCGGCCGGUAGCAACGGUAGCAAUGGGUUGGGUCGGAAAACUCAGACGCAAAAUCACACACAAUCUCCGGUCGACCAACCAACGGCCGGUGAUAAUUCGGCAAGUUCCGUCUUGCUAGACUCCUGGCUGUGGAGUCCUGUUCCGGGUACGGAGGAUAAGAAAACCUGCAUAAAGAAGUUGAUUGGUGAACAAAGAGAUAUAUGUUUGCAGGCGGCUGGCAAUUGCCUGUCCGCUAACCGCAUCCGCCAGCUGCUGUUUGUGUACCGACGGUACUUUAUUGCACUGCAGGAAAUGGGAAUGCACCGAGAAACGGAAGAAAAACAGCAUGCCACCGAACUGGCCACUAGCGAGUGUGAUGCGGCAAAACUAAGCAAAAACUCCAGCCUCGAUCGUACCGCCGGUACGGUAAAGGAUUCCGACAAGGCAACGUUCGGUUUGGCUCGCGUUGGUACACGGGCGGCACUUAACUUUUCGUUUGCCUUUUUGCGCCGUGCUUGGCGUUCCGGAGAAGACGUUGAACUGUGCAGCGAGCUGCUAUCGGAAGCACUGGAGGCAUUACAAUCGCUCCCAGAAGCGUCGUUGUUCGACACAUCGCAAAUGUCCACCCUGUGGAUCGAGGUGGUAGAAAAAUCAAUCAAGUUCCUGCGCCAAGUAGUUCUGGGUGACGUAAUGGGUGGCCGCUGUCUGGUUCCAAAAGCAGACCGACACAUUGCAUUAAACUUACUUCUUGAACUUGGUGCCCAGAAGGGUACGUUGGGUGGUUCGUUGGAAGGAGUUUCGCUUCUUCUAACGCUCCAUGAGAAAGACCAACAGUCCGACGACAAUCGAAGUCCACCGCAGAAUUCCGGGGCACCACUCGUACCGUUGCUGCACCGCUAUGAACAGAUCGAAAGUUUCGGAUCAUUCAACACGUCGGAUUCAUUUCAUUUCGGACCAACCGAAUCGUUCCUUAGAUUUCUUACGCUGCCCGAAAACGAAGCUACAUGCGUGGAUCUCAAGCUGGCCGCCGUCAUCAUUAUCAGCCAUCUGGAUCGGCUAGCAAAACCGCACCUACCGGCCGGCAACUGUUCGACCAAGGGUGCAAGCAAGUACGCAAAUGCUCCCAAAAUAUUCACCCUCGGAUGGAGUGCUUGUGCUCCGGAAUUGUACGGAUUUACCGCAACCGAAGCGAUACGUACGGGGUGUGCAAAUUUCGACGCCAUGGUCACAUCGGUAACGGCACCGGGAAGUAUAGACGGUGCGAUGCCCCGAUACUCAACGGCUACGAUCGAUCUGCUGUACGAUCAGGUGCGUCAGAUCGUUUGCGCGGAAAACUGUGUGUACAUUCUAACCGACAGUGGGACCGUGCUGUACCUAUCGCACAGUAUUUCGAUGACCGAAGACAAUUAUCCCGAGCGUGUGAAAGGGUUAGAAACCACCAUCGUUCAACUGGCGGCCCAUUGUGAAGGACAUCACGUGCUAGCGCUCGCCACCAAUGGGGAUGUUUUCUCUUGGGGUAACGGAGAUGGAGGUCGCUUAGGACACGGUGAUACAAACGCGAAGGAAUUGCCUACUCGAAUUGUAGCACUGGCCGAACGGCAAGUGACAGGCGUUUUCUGUGGCUCGUCGUACAGUGCAGCCAUCACGGCCAGCGGUGAACUGUACACGUGGGGCCGUGGCACGUACGGUCGAUUAGGGCACGGCAAUUCGGAAGACAAAUACUUGCCCACACUCGUAACCGCACUCAAAUCGCACCGUGUCGUACACGUAGCCCUUGGAUGUGGCGAUGCGCAUUCGCUGUGUGUAACCGACGCCGGUCUCGCGUUUGCCUGGGGAGAUGGAGAUUUUGGCAAGCUUGGCAACGAAUCGUGCGUUGGUUCAUCCGUUCCGGUAGCGAUUGAAUUGCCGCAGGCAAGUGUAGCGAAGGUGUUUAGUGGUUCCCAGUUCAGUGUAGCACUGACACGCGAAGGGACGGUGUAUACCUGGGGAAAGGGCCAUGGUGGAAGGCUUGGCCAUGGUAAUUCCGAACAUUCCCCCGUCCCGAAGAUGGUACAAGUGUUAGAGGGCAAGAAGAUAGUCGACCUGGCGGUAGGAUUAGCACACUGUUUGGCACUUACCGCAUCCGGCGAGCUGUACGGAUGGGGUCGGAACGAUUUCCAGCAAAUUUGUCCAGAGUGUGUUACGCGCGAUCCUAUUAUACCUACACCAAUCCUAACGACUCCACCUACGUUACGUGUGGCGGGUAUGUCAGCGGGCGUUGCGCAGAGCUUUUUCUGGUGUCACUCAUCUUCACACGGCAUCCCGGCGAAAAUUCCGUUCGUAGUGGACCUGAGCGAACACACGUUCCGGUUGCUCGAUCAACUGUUGUGUAUGGUUAGCGUUACGUCCACCGAUAGCUCCCGGCAUCCGCCCAGCCAGGAGGCGGAAUGUAUCGCUGUUGGCACGCUCAAUCUGCUCCGUCUGCAGUUACACGCAAUGAUCGUGAACAAUGUUCAUCCGCGUCAAGUUGGAUUGGUAGAAGGAUCGCGCCUGUUGGCUAGUCUUAAAACACGCAUACUCAGCCUGGCCGGUGGUCCGGUUGUGUUGAAAACGAUGCAGGAAGCCGCCCAAUGGACGCUACAAGUUGGAUGGAGCAUUAUUCUGCCGACGGCAUCGGAACGUGCGCAAACGCUUACUUCGCUACUACCGGCUGGCCAUGAUGGUGGUGGGACAAUGGGUUCAGCCGCCACCAGUGCUGGACAUCGGUUUAUGACGGACCUUCUCGUUGGAUCCCUUAUGGCCGAAGGAGGCUUACAGACGGCGCUCAAUCAAGCGAUAAACCAUCAUCAACAUCAGAACCCGUUUCAAGCACAGGAGUCACAUGGCGCUGGCACUGGAACUCAUCUUUCACUGCUGCAUCUAUUGAAGCAACUUUUGCGCAACAAUUCCAGCCUAACGCAGGCCCGCCUUGGCCAGUUAAUGCUCGGUCCGUACCUUAAAAUCGACGAUGGGUUCUGUUCAUCCGAGCCAACAUCACCGAGCCUAGAUCUGCUGCACAAAUUCCAGCGCUUGUUACUUUCUCAUCUGUAUGCCUCAAAAGCAGACGAUCUGAGCGGUGCCGAAACCCUGCUGUACACCUACAUCGAACAGUUGGUUGGGCCGUGUGUGAACACGCUUGCCAAAGCGUACGAAACAAUUCUCCAGGGUAAGGACGGUGUGGCGGACAUACUUCGCAAUGACAUAUCUGACGCGCUGCUGUACGAGCUGCUAAUCGGGCUGGUGGUAAUCCAGCAGGAUAAGCCACUGUUAUUAGCAAACUUCGACUGGAACGAACAUCUGAUACCGCUCCUAAAUGCGCUCGAUGGAUUCAAUCGGCUAACACAAGAAGGUGAGCUACAGGACACGGAUGAUAUGGGCUGGCCGGGUAUAAUAAGUCGCGGUGCGUCAAAAGCAAUGCCGGUGCAGGAGGAAUCGGUACUGAUCCGGCGCAGCGACAUCGACAAUCACAUCCGGGAUGGCGGUAGUUGGGUCAUAAUCAACGGAAAUGUGUACGACGUGAAAGACUACACGCCCGAAAAUCCACUCACCCAGGAGCUGCUCCAGCUGCACGUAGGAAAGGACAUAUCGCUGGAGAUUGGAAAUCCUCAGCAUCGAACGGCGUUCGAGUUUAUUACGUCAUACCUGCGUGUGGGCCGGUACGCAGUGAGCGAAAUGUAUGACAGUGCGGCUAACCCACGUCCCCUGGUGACGUUAACGCACUUUCACUCCGAGUGUUUGCUUGCGUAUUUACUGGGACAGCGUGCAAGUAUUCUGCAGGUUGGUUCUCCACUGCAACCGGCCGAGCUGCACUGUCGCAAUCUUCUAAAUUCGCAUGUCCUAAGCGGUGGUUUGCAGGUGCUGCAACCGUCUAAUCCAUUUGACGAGGAAAAAGGUGAAGCACGCAGCAGUGGUUCCACGGCCGGUAGUACACCGACGGACGCUUCAGCACAGAUACCGAUCGGUGCCGGUGAUGGUGUCCCGAUGAUGGGAAGUUGGCCAAUGGUGUUAAUAACGCAGCGUGUCGAUACGCUGCUGGCAAAUUUGGGCGAGGGAAAGAUCACCGAUCCCUUAGUCGCAUCCUGGAUUGGACUGUGCGAACGAUUCUGUAAGGAGCAUCAUCUCAUUUGGCAUCAGGAAUUUCCACCCGAACAUCCGGUCGUCGAACUCGAGCGCCUGCUAAUGGCUGUGCUAAUACGCCACCAGGCUCUGGGACCGUUGGCGCUUGCUGUGAUUGAUCGAGAGCUGAGCGGCACUGGUUCAAAACCGCCGCAGCCGAUUGUGAACAUAAUACGCACGGUGCAUCAAACCAAAUGGGCGAUCGUUAAGAUGCGACAGCAGCUAAACCGCAGCUACAAGGAAGUGUGCGCUCCGAUGAUUGACAAAUGUCGCUUUUUGCUGUACGAAAUCCGGCCCGCCAUUAGCCUGGAACAGCACGGGCUGGAGCGUUUGCACAUACUGCACCGGCCGUCCCGGUUUAAGGCGCUUGUGCGCCGCAUCAUCGCAGAGAUGGGCGCAGCUAAACGGCAGCUUAAACUGGCGUGCGCCAAACCGGAAGACAUUGUGAAUGCUACCAUCCAAAGCCAGUUCAGCAGCGGCAAGAUACAGUCGCAUGAGAAUCUUACCGGUUGCGGUAUUACCAAACAACACCCACAGCAGCAACAUCUCCACCAGGGCGUUGCGCUCAUGGCGGGUGUGACGCUUUCCACGGAAAACCUAGUCAACGAGAGCAUCAUCAAGGUGGCCAGUCUGGAGAGCCUCACCGCGACAGCGAACGUGCAUCGCCGUGCGUCCGUCGAUCGGUCGGCAUCGCCGGUGAUAUUGCUUAGCAACAACAGCACGGCACUGGCAAAGCUUGCCUCAUCCAACGAAAACCUUCUCGACACCGACAGCACACAGGUGACCGGUGACGGCACGAUCAACAGCAUCGGUGGCGUGGUGGUGGACGUGACCAGCACGAUUGAGGGUGCCGAGCAUGCGGUGGAAGGCAACGAGAAGAAAAUAACUUUCACCAACGAUGAUCAGAUUAAGACUCCUACGAAUGAAAUGAUCGAGUUUCAUGGCACGGCCGGCAAAGCGACCAAAGCAUUCUCCCAAGAUGGAGACGAAUUCAUCAACAACGUGAUCGCCAACUUGAGCGAUAAGUGUCUGCUCGAGUCGUAUCCAGCGGAAUUUAAAACCGGCAUCAGUCAGCAGGUAGUGGAUUUCAUCCUGCACGAUCAGUGCGAUGUGGAAACGUUGCGCCGCGCUAUGUACUGCCAGAUACAGCGCUAUCAGCUGCGUAAGCAGGGUUUGGAGAUGUUUUACGAAUUGCUUUGCAUCACCGGUCUGUUCGAUGCUGUGCAGUACAAUCUAUUUAACGGUUUUCUUGGCUUACAUCUCGGUCAUGGUUCGGUGCGAAAUCACACUGUUGGGAAUGGGGAAGGAAAUUCAGAACAGCAGCAGCAGCAACAGCAACAACAGCGCGAAUCGGAACAUGUGCUCGAUAAUUUGAACAUGAUAACCGCGUACCAGAAAGCGGACAUACUGAUCGCUCAUGCCAAAAUCAUCGAAUGGGCUGUUACGGAACUGCAGAAGUACGUAAAUCAGGACAAAAUCAACGGUCGCCAUCGGACGCACGGCGAGAAAGACAAUUCCAACCUGGGGACGUACGUGUUCCUAAAGAAAUUGCCCCGGGCUCGGUUUUUACUGAGCAUUUUUGGCAUUCUUUCCCGUACGUAUGAAGCGAACGAGCUUAGUUUGCUGGUCAAUUCUGGCAUUCUUGGCAGCAUCAUGGGACUGCUGCGUCAAACCGGUGCCGAUAUGCCGAGCAAUAAAAACACCUCCGAUACAUCGGUUAUUUAUGAGGAUGUGGUCACUAAUCUGAAAUCUUCUAAAGAAGGACUUUCUGGGCCGGAACUUACAAAGUUCAUGAAAAUUGGAACAAGGAUUGCUCGUGGCGCCGAUUGGAAGUGGGGUGAACAGGAUGGACCUGGCGGCGAGGGACGUAUAAUCAGCGAAAUCGGCGAGGAUGGCUGGGUUCGUGUAGAGUGGGACAAUGGUUCGACGAAUUCGUACCGGAUGGGAAAAGAAGGAAAAUAUGAUCUCCGGCUGGCCGAUAGUGCCCUUAAAGCUCUAUCCCCCGACAAAGAUAGCGAACGGGAAGAUUUCAUCGAUCACACACUGAACCAUGAGUCGCACCCGACAAAAUUGCUGCGCAAUGUGUGCAUCAAAACGCUACAGAUGCUGUUUGCCUCGGUUGGUCUGCACGCGGAAAAGAUGGAACAAAAUGCUCUCCGUGGCGUUGCUUCGCUGUUCCGCACAAUGCUGCAACCGUACGAAUGCCGUUCCGGCAUCACCACUACGAACAACUGUUACAACUUUGGCUUAGAGCAGUGGACGGUGCUUGGGUUCUUGCGCGCAAUUUCGUUCACUCCCGCACUCGCCCGUCAGCUGACCACGCCGCUGUGGAUCGAGCUUGCCUUUAAGAUAUUGAAUGCACCAAUUGCGAGCAAGAAGGAUGUUUACAAGAAACUGCACUGUUUGCGAUUGCUGCAGUCAACGCUCGUCAACUGGACACAGGACGACCGUUCCCGUGUUGAUAGUAUAAUAGGUCAGCUGUUCGAUGUACUCGGCCGGAUCUCGCUUACUUGUCCGAACGAUUCGUCCCUGCUGUCCAGUGCCGUAGACGCAAAAUCACGCGUCCUGUAUAGCGCUUCCCACAGUGGUACCGUGGCAGAGGAAAUGGUGGUGCUGAUUCGACGUCUUCACACACUACCAUUGUGGAACGAAAGCAUCAAUUCAUUCAUGCAACAGAAGCUUUGCCUAACGGCCGAUAUUUUCCUUGUGAACGAGCUGGACACGAUUACGGAAAGUGAAAAGCGCGCCAUCAUGGGUACGCUCGGUACGAUCGGUGGAUGCGAUUCUCGGCCCAGGAUCGGGCUGAAUAUUACGCUGGAUGGCGUCCGAGGUACAAUAUCGCGCAUGACCAAAAAAGGCAAAGUGGUCAUGAACGUGCAUGGAGCGGCAGAGACGAAGAAAAUUCCAAUCUUUAAGGUGGCCGAAUGUGCGGACGUCGGUGCAUUCAGCCUUUCGAAGGUGACUAUCAGCGAGAUGUUGCUUAACUCGUGGUCCGUUAUGUUUUACGGCAUUGGGCAGCUAAUACCACUGAACGGGAGCGCUGGUGGUGAUGGAUGUGCUAGUGCAGCGUUGCUGCAAAGCCAGCAGAUCAACUUUGCCACACUGAAAGCAACGAAGGUGCUAUUUCGCAACCAGAGUCUCCUACGGCGCAUUCUUCGCCAGCGGUCACCAGGCCUAACGAAAAGUGGUUCGCGGGACAGUGUAUCUUCUGACCGUGAUGAGGAUAGUCCGGAACCGGAAGAAAGCAAAACUCGUUCCGAAUCAAACACAUCAGAUGAAUCGCAGGCGUUCUACACUGCGGAGCUACUGAUACAGACUAUUCUGUUGCGUGCUACACAGCCAAGCCCGCUGAAAGCGUGUUACACGUAUCAGGAGAUGGAAUUAGCUGCACUUAACAUCUCGCAAAUGCUCGCCAGUCAUAUACAUUAUUCAUCUGGCGAUGCUUCCACAGGGCACGCGGGAAUCAGUGGAUGUAACAAACGCCCACUAGCACUUGGUCAACCAACCAUGAUACACGGCGUGCCCGUGUACAAUAAUGAAGCAUCAUCACUUGUGGCUGAUCCCCCACCGGCAUCCGGGAUGGGAUCGCUCAGUAAUGUAACCGCCACGCGUAGUGGACGUGCACGUGCAUCGAACGUUUUCAUAGCUCCCAGCCCUCUAGUAGCGCAAAUCAUGGAAAUGGGCUUCACCCGUAAAUCGGUCGAACUGGCGUACAAAAGUCUCAUGCAGCAGAAUGAAAAUGGCAACCCGACGGCUGAGCAGAUUAUCCAAUGGAUCCUGGAACAUCCGGAACUGACCGCAAGUUUGGGGCUGGGCAGUGGUGGAAAGGCAGGCGAUGGAGAACAACACGAUCACGACUUGCGUGGUCACAGCGAUACGGAAAGCGUUAGUUCGGACACUAUGGAUGGGGGCUCAUCGCAGCAGGACUAUCAACAUCACCACCAACAAAACAGUGGUUCCGGUGCUAUGUACAAGAGUCGGGAAGAUUUCAAAUCAACCGACCAAUACGCGAUGUACGUGCGGGGCAUCAUAUGUCCGGGAAUGUUGGUGCGUUGCUGCCAAGAGUUUGAAGAAAUACGCAAAGGGGAUAUCGGAACGGUGGAAAAGGUGGAACCGGAAGGUUUGCAUGAUCUGAAUGUGCGCGUUGACUGGCAGAUGCAUGAUCGACCGUACUGGAUGUGCUUUGUGCAUUUGGAAAUGCUUGAACCACCAUCCACGCUUACGGAUCCAUCCGGUUGCGGUGGUAUUAUGAUCGGCUCGCAAGUACGGCUGUUGCGGGCACACGUGUCUCGUCAUCGGUUCCCAUCAUUAUCGGCACCUCGCGGCACUACUGGCGUGGUGAGUUCCUUAACGGGAACCGAGGCUAUAGUCGAGUUUCCUCAACAAACACUGUGGAAAGGUAGCGUCAGUGAGCUGGAAUUGAUUUCAAAUCCUACCAACUAUGGUACCGGUGCCGGAACAUCCGCACCAAACGGUGGAGCCGGUGGAGUAUUCGACAUCAUCGAUGAUUGGUCCCGGUGCAUCCGCGCACUGUCCGUCUCGUCGAACGAAGCGUCUGCAAAGUAUCUGUUGGAUCGGAGCACCAACAACUAUUGGCAGAGCGCUAGCACGGCGGUGCAGGGUAAACAUUGGAUCCGGCUCGAGAUGCACGAUCAGGUAUUGGUGCAGUCGCUCUCGAUCAUUGUCGAUCCGGAUGAUUUCUCCCACAUGCCAUCGCUGGUGGUGGUGCGGGUGGGCGACGAUAGCUUCUCGAUGACCGAUCUUCGCUGGGUAUCGAUCAAUUCAACGACCGUCACGAUGCCGUUGCUAACGGAUUGCAAACAGUACUACCGUUUGAUUGAAAUCCGCAUCAAACAGUGCCGCAACAAUGGGAUCCAGUGCCGGGUGCACGGAUUAUCGAUAGUCGGCAAACGCAAACAAACGGACGUUGACAUGAUGCUGCAAAACGCUGGAUUUCUUGCGUCCGAGAACGAAACCAUUGCCGAACCGAGCUAUUCAACCUCGUCGAACUAUGCGGACGAACCGGCCUCGCUGAACGAUGAAGUUUCCUCGAAGGUGCUUGUCUGGGGUUUAAACGAUAAGGAGCAGCUAGGCGGUUUGAAAGGAUCGAAAGUGAAACUUCCGACGUAUUCGUCUGUGUUGAGCCAACUGAAACCAAUUCACAUCGCUGGCGGGUCGAAAUCGCUGUUCAUUGUGUCGCAGGACGGGAAGCUUUACGCGUGCGGCGAAGGCACGAACGGUAGGCUUGGCCUGGGCCACAACAAUAAUGUCCCGACACCGAAGCAGGUACCGAUACUGAGCCAAUAUGUCGUGAAAAAGGUAGCCGUCCAUUCGGGUGGCAAACACGCGAUGGCACUCACGCUGGAUGGUAAAGUUUUUUCAUGGGGUGAAGGCGAGGACGGCAAACUAGGGCACGGUAAUCGCUUAACGUUGGAAAAACCAAAGCUAAUUGAAACACUGCGCACGAAACGUAUCCGAGACAUUGCGUGCGGAUCUAGCCACAGUGCGGCCAUCACCAGUUCCGGCGAGCUGUAUACAUGGGGUCUCGGUGAAUAUGGUCGUCUAGGACAUGGAGAUAAUUGUACGCAAUUGAAACCAAAGUUAGUGACCGCCCUGCAAGAGCACCGCGUUGUGCAGGUGGCUUGUGGAAGUCGUGACGCACAAACGCUUUGUUUGACGGAGGAAGGGUUGGUGUUUUCCUGGGGUGAUGGAGAUUUCGGUAAGCUAGGACGCGGUGGUUCGGAAGGAUGUUCCAUCCCGCAUCAGGUGGACCGGUUGAACGGUGUCGGUGUGUUGCAGAUCGAGUGUGGCGCACAGUUUAGUCUUGCGCUUACGAAAACCGGUGAAGUAUGGACGUGGGGAAAGGGCGACUACUACCGACUGGGCCACGGAACAGACCAGCACGUGCGAAAGCCGACACCGAUUCAAGGGUUGCGGGGAAAGAAAGUAAUUCAUGUAGCCGUUGGUGCUCUCCACUGUCUCGCCGUAACGGACAGUGGGCAGGUGUUCGCAUGGGGCGACAAUGAUCAUGGCCAGCAAGGUUCGGGCAACACAAUCGUCAACAAAAAGCCAAGCCUCGUGCUGGGAUUGGAUGGAAUCUUCGUCAACCGCGUUGCGUGCGGUAGCUCACAUUCUGUAGCCUGGAGUUUGCCACAGAACCAGACAGAGAAGGAUAAGAAGGAACCGGUGGCAUUUGCCGUAGCGAAGGACCCACUCGGCAGCCACAGUUUGGGAAUUUACGCAUCGGAUACGGAAGCGACCACUUCAUCUCCGCUGCCGGUUCCGAAUAACAGCAAGCCACAGCGACCAUCACUGUCCGAGAUCGUUCUCUCGUUGGAAACGGCCAGCGCAAGACAAGCAGCAUUAUCGCACAUUAUCAACGCUAUGGGCAUCUUGCAUGCCCGUGCAUGUAUAAUAGCAGCACUCACCUGUCACUCACAAAUGAGUGCAGCCGAUAAAGUGCCCACUUAUGGGCACGGUGGUGAUGUGAUGGCCCGACCCGUAUCACCUAUAUCGGAGGGUGAUGAAACGGGCGCCAAAGCGACAGUGGCAGACAGUACAUUGGCCCAGCAAAACGAAACCAUAGCGCACGGCGGUGGAGAAGGACCGGCAGAUAUUGCCGGGCUAACAACAGUUACGACGAACGAAUUCCUCGAUGGUGAUAUUCCGAUCAUAUCCGGCAUGAAUAAUGCACUCGGUGCAUAUCGCAGUUUGACCGGAUCAUUGUCACUCUCCGCCUCGAUAUCGAGCUGCAAUGCAACGCAGCGUCAGUCGAAGAUGUCCGCCAGCGCAAUGUCCGUAAUGGCGGCCACAAUGACGCAUCAUGAUGAGCUAAUGAACGAAGGUAAUGCUAGCAAUUUGGAUGAUUUUACUGCGUUACUCGGCGAGCCGGAAGCUAAACAUCUGAUAGAAUUGUUAAAACUAAGCGUAUUUGGGCGAACCGGUGCAACCAGCACGUCGGAAACUAUCGCCAGUACGCUAAUUGCACUCGCAAAGUCAAACUCUACCAUCGCGAAUAUGCUGAUUGAAACGUGUAUCACGGAGUUGGAGGAUCUAUGCACAUCGCGCCAUUCUCUGGGCAAGCUUCCGAAACCGGUGGUACAGGAAACAAGCCAUCCUUAUAUUGAUGAUAUCAUUUUAGUGGGACAUGUGAAAAUUCCCGGCGCCGAAUCACUCCGCAUUGAGUUUGACAGCCAAUGCUCCACAGAACGACGGAACGAUCCACUAAUCAUCUUCGAUGGGGCGGGCAACGUGGUGGCAACACGUUCCGGGCGUGAGUACGCCCAAUGGGCACAGGAAAUUCGCAUACCGGGUGAUCAGAUGCGUUGGAAGUUUACUAGCGACAACUCCGUCAAUGGAUGGGGAUGGCGAUUCUACGUGCAUGGUAUUAUGCCCGAAUCCUACCUUCAGGAGCUAGGUUCGGAUCGGACCGUUCUUUCGCAACCUUCUAUCGCACUCGUAAUGGCAUUGCUUGACUCGCUACCAGUUCCUACAUCGAACGCCAGUAUUCUCAUACGCCUAACGUCGGCUUUGUCCCAGUGUGCGCAGCUGGGUUCGUUAACCGUUGCCCAACGCAUAUGGUCAUUGAAGAAGAUGCAUCAGCUACUCUGUAGCCAUGGUGUAACGCACGCGAAGGAUGGUACACCCCGGCCGAUGGAUUCCGCAGUGACGGAUAUAUUAACACCGCUUGUUCCAAUCAUUUUGAGACAGUAUGAAUACGAGGAACCGCAAGUUCGCAGCGGAAUACAUCUGAUGCACUCGGAGUACUUCAAGACACUGGUUGCGCUAGCAUGCGAUAUGCACAUGGACACGCAACUGUUGCCUCAGGCAGAUCCACACCGUUGGGCCUGGUUCCGACGCUACUGUGCGGCGGUACGUGUCGCCCAAGCACUCACACGGCGUACAAAUCUUCCCCCGUCAUUCUGUAUGGAGGUACGCAAGAAGCUUGCGGAAAUAGCAUCUCCAGCAACUCCUGCACAGACAUCGGUUGGUUCGAGUGGUACCGGUCAGGGUAGUGCUACGGAAAGCUACAGUUCGCUCAUCCAACACACUUCUAGCCAUUCGAGUUUGCUCAGCCAGAGUCAUCCGCUGGCCUUUGAUUUGAGCAGCACUAUUAGCAGCAGCAGCACCACUACUAGCAGCAGCAGUACGGGAACGACCACAAUCACUGCAGGAAGUAGCGAUUCAUUGCCAGUGAAUGUGAACACUAACGAGGCACCGAAGUACCUACAUGAGGAUCAUGGUUACUUUACACCGCAGUACGAUUCUCAACUUUUGCAGUGGUUCAAUAGACGGCCAGAAGAUUGGGCAUUCUCGUGGGGUGGUGCUAGUACGAUUUUCGGUUGGGGCCACAACCAUCGCGGUCAGCUUGGAGGAUUGGAUGGAAGUCGUAUAAAGAAUCCGACACCCUGUGAAGCUUUGAGUCUGCUGCGCCCAAUACAAAUAGCGGGCGGUGAGCAGACGCUGUACGCUGUCACCCCCGACGGAAAGCUGUAUGCAACCGGUUAUGGUGCCGGCGGACGAUUAGGUAUCGGUGGUACAGAUUCCGUUACGACGCCAACGCUCGUCGAAUCGUUACAGCAUGUGAUGAUCAAGAAAGUUGCGGUAAAUUCGGGAGGUAAACAUUGCCUUGCACUCUCGUCCGACGGAGAAGUAUUCUCGUGGGGUGAGGGCGAAGAUGGAAAGCUCGGACAUGGAAAUCGUGACAGCUAUGAUCGGCCGAAACUGAUCGAAUCCCUUUCCGGGAUCGGAGUCGUCGAUAUAGCGUGUGGUAGUGCGCAUUCUGCGUGUAUAACCAUUCAAGGACAUGUGCUUACAUGGGGCAAAGGUCGGUACGGUCGUCUCGGGCAUGGAGAUUCCGAAGAUCAGCUGCAGCCCAAAUUGGUGGAAGCGUUGCUCGGCUAUCGAGCAAUCGAUAUAGCUUGUGGUUCAGGCGAUGCGCAAACACUUUGCAUCACGGAUGAUGACAAUGUGUGGAGCUGGGGCGAUGGAGACUACGGCAAGCUGGGCCGCGGUGGUUCCGAUGGCUGCAAGGUGCCGAUGAAGAUCGAAAGCCUUGCGGGGUUGGGCGUGACGAAAGUCGAAUGCGGAUCACAAUUCUCGGUUGCCCUCACGCGCUCCGGCAGCGUGUACACGUGGGGCAAGGGUGACUACCAUCGGCUAGGCCACGGCAAUACGGAUCACGUACGGCGCCCGAAAAAAGUUGCUGCCCUGCAGGGAAAGAAAAUCAUCUCUAUCGCUACGGGAUCGCUACACUGCGUUGCCUGCAGCGAUGGUGGUGAAGUGUUUACCUGGGGUGACAACGACGAGGGCCAGUUGGGCGAUGGUACCGUCACGGCGAUUCAGCGCCCACGGUUGGUACAAUCGCUCCAAGGGAAGCACAUCGUGAAGGUUAUCUGUGGAUCAGCACACACGCUCGCCCUUUCCACGUACCAGCUGAGUGAAGCGGUCAGACCACCACCGUCACCACCGCUUGAAUAUGAUCUGGUGCGUGACAUCGCACCGGAAGUGCUACACGCACGCCUGGUACUGCUGCACCAUUUCUCGGAGCUCUUGUGUCCGUGUCUGGCAAUGCUUCCGAUCGCCGGUUCUCUUUCGUUGGCCUCCCUGAAGGAUGUGCUCGUUUACUCAAUCAAGGAGACUGGUUUCCGGAAAGUAAUCCAAACCACGAUGGUGCGGGACAAACCACACGGCCCUGUCAUCGAGCUAAACCGCAUCCAGGUGAAGCGAUCACGCAUGCGGUCCGGCAAUGGUCUUGCCGGAGUGGACGGUAUGAAGAGCGUGUUCGGACAGAUGGUCCAGAAGCUGCCGCUACUCACACAGGAAGCACUGUCGAUGCCACAUCGCGUCUGGAAGGUGAAAUUUGUUGGCGAAAGUGUCGACGACUGUGGUGGUGGAUUCAGCGAGUCGAUCGCUGAGAUGUGCGAUGAGCUUCAGAAUGGUAGCGUCCCAUUGCUGAUACAAACACCCAACGGUCGUGGCGAUGCAGGCGCUAAUAGAGACUGCUUCUUGUUGGAUCCAACGCUCACCACCGUGUUACAUAUGAACAUGUUCAGAUUUUUGGGCGUGUUGAUGGGGAUCGCCGUGCGGACUGGAUCACCGUUGAGUUUGAACCUUGCUGAACCCGUGUGGCGUCAACUGUGUGGUGAAGCGUUACGUCCAUCCGACCUGACGGAAGUGGAUCGAGACUAUAUUACCGGUUUAUUGUACAUCCGUGAUGUGGAAAGCGAUCCGAAAGUGUUUGCAUCGAUUGAACUACCAUUUUCUACACCCUCUGCCAAAGGCCACGAAGUUCCAUUAUCUACCAAAUAUACUAAAAUAACGCCAGAAAACCGCAACGAAUAUGUGAAGCUAGCACUCAACUAUCGCAUCCACGAGUUCGACGAACAAGUGAAAGCCGUCCGAGAUGGUAUGUCGAAGGUGAUUCCGGUCCCAUUGCUGUCGCUGUUUUCCGCCGCCGAGCUGCAAGCGAUGGUUUGCGGUUCACCGGACAUUCCACUCUGUCUGCUGAAGACCGUUGCCACGUACAAGGGUGUCGAAUCGACCUCCUCCCUCGUGCAAUGGUUCUGGGAGGUGAUGGAAGAGUUCACCAACCAGGAACGGUCGCUGUUUCUACGCUUUGUCUGGGGUCGCACACGGUUGCCACGAACUAUUGCCGAUUUCCGCGGGCGUGACUUUGUUCUGCAAGUGCUCGAUAAGUACAACCCGCCGGAUCAUUUCCUGCCCGAAAGUUACACCUGCUUCUUCUUGCUGAAAAUGCCUCGUUACUCCUGCAAGGCGGUUUUACAAGAGAAACUGAAGUACGCUAUUUAUUUCUGCAAAAGUAUCGAUACGGACGAGUAUGCCCGAGUCGCGAUGGGUGAUCCAACGGAAGCGACUGGCAGCGAGGAUAAUAGUGACAUUGAGUCGGUACUGUUUUAA